UUCCUCGAAAGAAUCUGAGCGGGCGCAGUGCUUGACUAGGGCAAUCUCUCUGUUUAGCUCUGAAGCCGCCAGCCGAAGAUGCCUGCCUUCAACAGAUUGAUUCCCCUGGUUUCUCUCGUGCUCAUCUACUGGGUCAGUGUCUGCUUCCCCGUGUGCGUGGAGGUGCCCUCAGAGACGGAGGCCGUGCAGGGCAACUCCAUGAAGUUGCGGUGCAUCUCCUGCAUGAAGAGGGAGGAGGUGGAGGCCACCACGGUGGUGGAAUGGUUCUACAGGCCCGAGGGCGGUAAAGAUUUCCUUAUCUACGAGUAUCGCAAUGGCCACCAGGAGGUAGAGAGCCCCUUUCAGGGGCGCCUGCAGUGGAACGGGAGCAAGGACCUACAGGAUGUGUCCAUCACCGUGCUCAAUGUCACUCUGAACGACUCCGGCCUCUACACCUGCAAUGUGUCCCGGGAGUUUGAGUUUGAGGCACAUCGGCCGUUUGUGAAGACGACGCGGCUGAUCCCACUCCGAGUCACUGAGGAGGCCGGAGAGGACUUCACUUCCGUGGUCUCAGAAAUCAUGAUGUACAUCCUUCUGGUCUUCCUCACCUUGUGGCUACUCAUCGAGAUGAUAUAUUGCUACAGAAAGGUCUCCAAGGCAGAAGAGGCAGCUCAGGAAAAUGCGUCUGACUACCUUGCCAUCCCAUCAGAGAACAAGGAGAACUCUGCGGUACCAGUGGAGGAAUAGAACAGAAGCAGUAUGACUGGAGGUGAACAGGGACUUGGGAGGGGAAGGCAGGCAUGGAUGGCAGGUUGUACAAGUGAUGUCACUCACAACUGAAGCGACUUUAAUUUGACCCCUUAGAUCCAUUUCUGUCCCCACCCUGAGGAUACUUCUUUAAGUUGAUGCCCAAGUCACUAAACUUUGUGUGAUGUCAAGACCUUCAAAGGUGAAUUGCUUUGGCCUGAGUGUUGGGACGAUCUGAACUUUGCCCUCUGUGAUAAAGGGAUAUUAAUUCUCCCACUCCCUCCACUGGCCAAAGAGUCUUCGGGCUGGGCUGGAAAUUCUCAGUGAAUUGUUUUAUAAUCAGUAGGUGGCCCGAACACUGAGGGACUAGAUAUCCCAGAUUCAGUGAUGUCAGCAGCAUCGGGACAGGGCCCUGGCUCUUCCCUUCAUCUGUCCAUCUUUCUAUUCAUUCAUCCAUACAUCUGUCUUUGAGCUUUCGCCUCUGACUGCCUAACUCCAUCAGACCUCUCCACACCAUAAGACUUUGCCAGAACCAAGAAGCCAACAUUUCUACAUGGACUGAACCUCACCUUGUCCUCGCUCUCUUUGAAACCUAAAGCCACCUGGACUUCUCCCCUGUGCUUCACAUGACUUUGUAUAAGUGCUGGAGAGGUAACACCUUCCUCAGCCUUAACUGGCUGGAAACUGGCUCAUUCGCCAUUGCUUCAAGAGAACGGAUGUCUUAUUGGAAGGAACCAGAGUUAAAGUAAAAGAGUAUCAUGAACUUGGAUUAAUUGAUGUCAAUUUUUUCAUGUUCAUGGCCCACUUGGCUAGAACAUCAGAGAAAAGGAUGACUCUCUAGGUUCUCCAGUGAUAGAAAGAUCUUUGAGUGUGUACUGGCACGCUAGAUACUGACUGGUCUUUAAAGCCUGUGUUGGACUCAAUCCUUCCAAGAAUCUAAGGACAGAAGACUUGGGAAGGACUAAUGAUAAUUUCAGUCGCUCUUUAAAGUUCCUGAUCCUAUCCUGAUAAUAUAUGUGUGCCCUCCGUGGGGUGCACACCACUUGGGCAUUGGAACUGAAUUCUGAAGUUCCUCCUCUCAAAAUUUCUGUGGAUCAGUAUUAUUCCUCAUUUUACAAGAGGCAACUGAGAUUCACACAGGACUCAACUGAACAGGAGGCUUAAGAGGAUUAACUGGAGCAGAAAUAAGCCUUAGGUGCUUCCCAGGCAAUACUUUUUGGGAGGGAUAAUCUUGAUUUUGAAAAGACAUGGACCUUGGCCAUGCCUCCUUCACAAGCGCUGAUUGGGCAGAGGUUAAAGUUGGUAGACUCAGGUCACUAGAAACUGGCCAAAAGAGACAUGAGGUAGACUUGAAGAAUGUCCUUUCUGUAAAGAUUUGAGAAUCCGGAACAUCCUUCCAGGAGAAUUAUAUUUAAUCUAAGAAAAAUGCUUUUUGGCCUGAGAUGGAUGACAAUUAAAGCAGCAGAAUGAGAGGGGAGGGAUGGGUAAAUGGCCUCCAAACACUUCACCUAUGGAUCUCUAAUAUUCAGAGUAUUUUCCCCCUAAACUUGGAAAGAGCAGGGUAAUAACAGAAAAAAAAAUUGUAGUCCAAAUCUCAUGUUGCAUUUGAAUUGAGUGACUGGUCCAAGUGUGCUGUCUUUCAGCACCUAGAGAUAAGAGGGGGAAGAUGCUCCAUGGGUAUCAGAAGAUAAAGGUGGCCGGGAUUCAGUAAGAGGGGUGUCCCUCAGAUCUCAGAUUUAUGGGGACAGAACAUAUUCCAUUGGUUUGGGGCUUCACUUUUGGGCUCAGUCCUUCACCUCUUCCAUCCCUGGGGAAGCAAUUAAAAUAACACAUUUUAAA